ACUUCUCUCUCUCUCUCCACCGCCAUACCAUACUUCAUCUUCUUCCACUGUUCUCUCUCUAUAUUUCUCCUUUUUAAUUCCAACCCACUCCCCAGAAUUCAAUCUCCUCAACUGGGUCUCUCUCCGUUUUCGUUUUCAUGGCCGUUGCCCCCUCUGGCUUCUCGAUCCGAGAGUAUGCUUUGAAUAUGAGAGGCAGGGAUUUGGGGAGAUGCUGGCCGUUCCGUGAUAACGUGAAGAAAGAAGUUGCAGAAGCAAUCCUCCCACCAAUUUCAGUAACUAAAUUCCGGUGGUGGUCCCACGAGCUGGAGGCUCUAAAAUCAUCGAAUAUUUCUGAAACCGUAACCGCUGCCGCAGCAGCACAAAAGCAAGAAGAGGAGAAAGUAAUAAUUAUGGAGAAGAUUUGUCCGGUGUGUGGCGUUUUCGUGACAGCUACUGUCAACGCUAUGAACGCUCACAUUGAUAGCUGUUUAGCCCAAACAAUAACCAACCAAAAGCGAAAGAAUAAUAGUAAUGGAGCUGUUAAGCCCAAAUCCAGAACCCCGAAAAAGAGAUCAAUAGCGGAAAUCUUCGCAGUUGCUCCGCCUGUUGAAACGGUUGUAGAAGACGGGGGAGGGAUAAUUCGCCAGAAGCAGCAGCUCAAAGCGACGUCGUUGGCGAGGACUCUUGUAACGGCGAUGAAGACGAUCAAGGCCAAGAGGAAUAAGCAACACAAAUUAAAGGCGUCAGUUGUGAAGAACAAGGACUUUGGUCAUGAGCUGCUUCGCAAGAAGGGAGAGAGAAAUCAUAAGGAUGUUUCUGUCCGUUGUAAGAAACCAUGUUUUAAACGCUUGUCUAGACAAAAAAAGAAAAAACUUGUUAAAAAAUCCAACGUACCUGCCAAGCAACAGAGGCCAGUGCCUUCAAUCAGGAGCAUUCUGAAGCAAAGUGUAAAAGUAGUUUCUGAGACARAUCCUUCGGGCAACUUAAAAGGAAGUAAGCAAGUGAUCAACAAUGGCGGUAAGCAGUCCGAUAGGCGUGUUAGCUUCUUUGAUAAGGAUGAUGUUCUUGGUCCAAAGACUAGAGCCUUUUCAGAUACCUUUGAACAAAGUGUUGGCAAUCCAUUUCAAGACUCAGAAGGAAACACUAUGUCAGGUGAAAGUAAUAAAGGAGUUGCKUCAAUGGAGGAUGUUGGCUUAAACGACGACAUCGUUAGCUUUAGCACUCGACACGGAGUUGAUAGUCAACGCAUUAAAGGAAAGAUUCAGUUGCCUAAUAUCCAUGAUCAAGUCAAUGCUCAAAUUAGUUCAAUGAGACCUCAUCCUUGUUGGGGCAAUAUGAAGCAUUUAGUCGAAGAACCGAUAUCUGCGAAUCGGGUUGUUCCUCAUGAAAGUAAUUCGCAUUUGUUUGAUCAUGUCUAUAUAGAUGCACCUCAGAGACCUCCAGUACAUUCUGCCAUUCCUGCUCUGUUAGCUGCACAAGAUGAAAGGCAAUAUGGCCAAGUAAGAACUCAAYGUGGUUCUAAUUUCCCCGGAGCGCAUACUUUCAAUGGAAAAUCAGUUGAUCAUUUGGUCAAUCCUAUCAAUGGAGUAGCUAACUUAGGUUCAAUGACAAGCACAGUGCCCACUUUUACUUUAACUGAAAAUGGGGUUGGCAGAUUAUUUAAUUUGGCAGAAUCUUCUGCUAAAGACAAUAGAGGCCCCUUUCCGAAUUUAGAGCAAAGAGCGGUUGCCUACAAAGAGAAGGGCAUGAAUGAUGGAUUUUUCUGCCUGCCAUUGAACUCAAAAGGUGAACUGAUACAGCUCAAUUCAGGUUUGGUUAAUAGGUAUGAUCAAAUGAAUGAAGCCAGAAACAAUAUGGCCUGUUCUAGCAGGAUACCGGUAUGCGGUCUUGUCCAGCCAAGAAGCACCCGGGACUAUUUCAUAGAUAAUGAAAAGGUUCUCAUUGACACAGAACUUACAGAAAACCAGUUGACUUUAUUUCCAUUGCAUAGUAUGCAAGAAAAUCGAAACCAAUAUUUGUCAGCUAGAUUUGAUGUGACUGAGCCUGGAACUUCAGGAGAAACCGAUAUUAGGCUGCUAAAUUCAGAAAGGGGAACUGAUUCUGGUAGUCUUUUACAUUCAAACUUGAUGGAUGCCCCAUUUAACAGAUGCAGGUAUUAUGGAAAAUUGCAUAACCAAAAUGUAAGUACAGAGAUUUAUCCUGAAAAUUCAAGUACCAUGUCGGCAAAUCCUGCUCGACAAACAAUGCGGUUGAUGGGCAAAGAUGUAGCUGUUGGUGGCAAUGGGAAAGAAGUUCAAGAACCUGAGGGAAUAAACUUUUGGAAGAACUCAUCCUUAAUUGAGAAUUGUCUGACCAAUUCUAUCCAAGAGAAUCCCAUGAGAAAAAGAAACUUUCUGCAGGAUAGAGUGUUGCAUUAUCCAUCAAAAGGAGAAACCUUAUUUUAUCCUGCAGGCUUUCAUAGCGGUCAGGUCGCACAAAGCAAUUUAUUGCCAAAUGCUCCACAAGUUCGGUAUCCCCAUCCACGCCUCAAUCGAAAAAAUGGUGUAAUGUAUCAAAGAUCYGACUCUGUUAUCAACUUAAACGAAAGGUUCAGCAACAUAUAUGCCUUUUUUCCAUCCUCUACGGAAGCGUUUAAUAUGGCGCCAAACUUUCAAGCACCCUUUAUAUCUGGUCCCAGAACACUAAGGUUUGGUCCACAGCCACCAGCAUUUUCUACUUCUCAACACAUGUGCUCAAAUAGAUACGAACAUUCUUUUGAACUUGGCUACAACCAGAAUCCACAUCCAGCAAAAUUAGGAACCUUUAACUUCCCUUUCUUGCAGCCAGAUGAUGAAAAUCACGUCCCUCCCUCUUGGUUACAACAGGACGAGGCACCGACCGCAACUUCUAAACUUGCUGACAUAAAUGGAUGCUAUUAUCCAUUCAUUUCUUCGGGUCCAGAUGUUCUUACUAGUCCUUCUAUGCGUACCCGGCCCGAAGCUGCCUUUCCUUGCAGUACAAUGCCAUCUCACCGACAGGUGAAGAACAUACCUGGCUCAACAUCUAUUUUUCAGCCAAUUCCUGUGACUCCUAGAUUUGAAGUUCCAUAUAUUGUCAAGGCAGGCCAUGAAAGUAGAAUUAGUUGUUUUGAAGACAGAUUGAAGUUCAAAACUUUGAGUGUCAAGGACACUGAUCUUUUAAGUAAAAAGCAACCUGUGGGUGAGCUCAUUGACUCGAGGAAGCGUCAAAAGUUAUUGAGUUUAGAAACUAACAAUUCCGGCGUCGUGGCAGAGUGGACACCAGGAAAAUUCAAUGAUGAACAACGAUCUAACCCAGGGAGCGCGAAAAUCCAUGGUAACUGGGAUAAAGCUGUUAACCCAACAGRAAAUCUCCCAAAUGUGACUGAAACUGAUGGAGUACUGCUGAUUUCUCCCACCAAUGAAUCUCCUAAAGUUGAAUCUAUGGCAAGAUCAGGCCCCGUCAAGUUAACAGCAGGGGCAAAGCACAUCUUGAAACCAAGUCAGAGUAUGGAUCUAGAUAAUACUAAGCCUACUUAUUCAACCAUUCCUUCUUCUGGUUUAGUUCAUAGUGUUAGCUUGGGAGGAUCUCAGAAGAAGUCAACUAAAGUAUACAGUUUUUAAAAAGAUGCAACAAUCUUCUCAUCUUUGUAACCACUGACAUGAGAGAGUUAGUGUAAUUUUGAGACGACCCGUCAUUUCGCCGAGACAAUGCUGGUUUUGAUACUUGGAAGCAUGUUUACGAAUUGUAACUAAUCACAUCACUGGAAUAUAGAUUGUGCCAUGAGUUUUGGUCUUGUUUUUUAUUGUAAGUUUUAGAUCAAAUCUCUCCACAAGGUCUCUUAUGUGACAAAAUUACACAAAAUGCUUAGAUUCACUGUUUUAAAAACGCCUUGUUUUCAUAACUGUCCCCCUGGUUCCUGUAAUGAAUGAGUGAGAAAAACAGUUUAUUUUCUUGAGAGCUAAGUUAAUUUAGCU